AUGGCCCCGGGAGGGCGGCGUUCCGGGUACCCGGGUCUCCUUCCCUACCCUGAGGCUUGCGCUCGACCAUUAAUAUCUGUCUACUCUGAGAAGGGGGAAGCAUCAGGCAAAAAUGUCACCUUGCCUGCUGUGUUCAAGGCUCCCAUUCGCCCUGACAUUGUGAACUUCGUUCACACCAAUUUGCGCAAGAACAACAGGCAGCCCUACGCUGUCAGUGAACUUGCAGGUCAUCAGACCAGUGCCGAAUCUUGGGGUACUGGGAGAGCCGUUGCUCGUAUUCCUCGAGUACGAGGCGGUGGAACUCACCGCUCCGGCCAGGGUGCCUUUGGAAAUAUGUGUCGCGGAGGUCGCAUGUUUGCCCCAACCAAGACUUGGCGGCGCUGGCACCGUAGAGUGAAUACAACUCAAAAGCGUUAUGCCAUCUGUUCUGCUCUGGCAGCGUCUGCUCUUCCAGCGCUGGUCAUGUCUAAAGGCCACCGCAUUGAGGAGAUUCCAGAACUUCCUCUGGUUGUUGAGGACAAAGUUGAGAGUUAUAAGAAAACCAAGGAAGCUGUCCUCCUUCUUAAGAAGCUUAAAGCUUGGAAUGACAUCAAAAAGGUUUAUGCCUCCCAGCGUAUGCGGGCUGGAAAGGGUAAAAUGAGGAAUCGCCGUCGCAUCCAGCGCAGGGGACCCUGCAUCAUCUACAACGAGGACAAUGGUAUCAUUCGAGCUUUCCGGAAUAUCCCAGGAAUUACUCUUCUUGACGUGAACAAGCUGAACCUGCUGAGACUUGCUCCCGGUGGCCACGUUGGGCGUUUCUGCAUUUGGACGGAAAGCGCUUUCCGCAAGCUGGAUGACUUGUACGGCACCUGGCGCAAAGCCGCGACGCUGAAGAGCGACUACAACCUGCCAAUGCAUAAGAUGACCAAUACAGACAUUGGAAGAAUCAUGAGAAGCCAGGAGAUCCAGAAGGCGCUGCGUGCUCCGAAGAAAAAGAUUCGCCGUAGAGUCCUGAAGAAGAAUCCACUGAAGAAUCUGAGAAUCAUGAUCAAGUUGAACCCGUAUGCCAAAACAAUGCGACGCAACACCAUUCUGCGCCACGCGCAAAACCAUAAACUCAAGGAAGAGAAGAAAGCAAAGGCCAAGGCCAAGCUUGCGGCCAAGGUCCCGGCUGAGCCCAAGGCAGAGGCCGCAGCCCAGACCCCUGCAAAGGCCAAGGCUGAAGCAUAAACCCUGUGCGGUGCUUCGUCCACUGAAGUUCAGCAAGCUACACCAUGGAUUUGUAACUAAUAAAUUCUGUGGCAACAGAG